ACUCGGAAGACCGCCAAAUCCACACCCUACCCAAUUUCGCUCGCCGCCAGUGUCGGUGCUUUCCCCACCGUAAGCGACAGUCGUCUACGGUUUCCGAUCGGAGCAUUAGGGUUUUGCCAGAAAAGAAACAACCAUUAAAACUAUGAGUAGCUCUCGAGAGGAGUCCCCAGAUUGGUUCCGUGCUUUCCAGGCACCAACACAAUCGGUUCUGAUGGUAUCUCUAGAUUCUGAUUCCUCCCCAAGUAACAGUCCUUUGAGGGAAGACACAGAACUAUCUUCCAAGGAAACAUCACAGUUUCCAGUGAAAGAUGAGGAUCAAGAUAUGCUUCUAUCUGGUCAUGACAAGGAGUCUUCACCAAGCAGGAGUUCCGAAGAUAAGUCUUCAAUCAAACAGUCAAAGGUAGAGCACACUCCUGUAAAAAAGAAAAAGAAGACAGAUUAUUGCAGAAAAAGAGAUAAUGGCAGUGAUGGGAAAUCUGCAAAACCAGUGAAGUCUGAGAAGGAGAUUGAACCAGAUGCACCAGAAAAUUUAGUUUUGGCAUUGUCAUCAGAUUCAGAAUCUCCUUAUAAGCCUGCUAGAGAAGCUUCUAAGGGGAAAUCUCCCAAGAAAAGGCUGAAAACUGAGGAUCCUCUACCAGAAAAGAAGGGAAAAGUAAACAGCAACAAUGAUCAUAAAAAAGGAGAUGAUGGUGAUGAAGAGGUUGCAGAUGAAGGGACUGCUGGGAAGCAUAUUGAACCUCGUUUUUCCUCCUCAAGGUUGCCUUUGCUGCUCUCUGAGAAAGUCAGCCUUUCGAAGGCCCUUGUCGAGUGUGAAGGUGAAUCCAUUGAUCUGAGUGGUGAUGUGGGUGCUGUUGGGCGAGUGGUGAUUUCGGCUAAUCCACCCGGAAAUCAGGAAAUGUUGUUAGAUCUGAAAGGAACCAUAUACAAAACAACCAUAGUUCCUUCCAGGACAUUCUGUGUUGUUAGCUUUGGACAGUCAGAAGCAAAGAUAGAGGCUAUCAUGAAUGACUUCAUCCAGCUGAAGCCUCAAUCUAAUGUUUACGAGGCUGAAACUAUGGUUGAAGGAACAUUGGAUGGAUUCUCAUUUGAUUCCGAAGAUGAUGCUGACAAGGUGCCUGGAGCCAUCACCAACCAAACUGAUCAAACUGAGGGACAACAAGCCAACGGAAAACCCAAAACAAAAGCUUCAAAAACAUCAGGGGUUGCAAAUAAAAGAGGUAAAGCUGCAGGAGCGAAGGCACCCAAGAAAGUAAAAAAGAAAACUCAAGCUCCCAAAAAAGGCAGGACUAAGAAGUGACUUAGAUGAUUUAAGAACCAACAUUCAUGUUUCAUUAGAGAAUGGGAAGGACCAAGCAACAACAAUACAUUGCUUUUGGUUAUUAUUGUCCCGGCAGUGGGUUUUGUAGCCCCCCUCUGUGGGACCUAAAACAUUUAACAUUCCUUCAUAGUAAUGAAGCCUAAUAUUUGAGUUCUUCUGGCUCCAGUAUUAAAGCAAGGAAAUUUUAGCUAGUUAGAAGUGUCAAAGGUGGCAACCUCAUUUCAUGAGUUGGCAAGCAUGAAGUUGCUGGUUUGAACGCUUUCUCAUUACUUGGUGUAGACAUUCACUGCUGUAUAUAUAUAUACAUAUCUUUAUUGCAAAAUAAUUCAUCACUGUACUCAA